UAUUUGCUUAUGGUGGAGGCAGUGGAGUGUCCCUCCUGCGGGUGAUGCUGAGGUGAUCCAACACGGGGAGGGGGCAGAGGCUCAUGCGGCGGCUGCUGCCAACAGAAGGGAGCCGACAUCCGAAACCGGUGCUGCCCGCUGCCGUAACACGUUGUGGGCUAGGCAGACUGUUAGCGACCGCAAAUGGAUGCCUAUCGGGCCCUAACCUGCCAAGCUGGGAGAUAAGGAGAACCGUAGAUUGAGCCGUAAAUGUUUCAGCAUCAGAGAGCUCACUAUGAAGAAGACGGUCCGGCCAGCGGUGAGUAAGGGGAGCGCCGAUCGAGGAAGGUCAGAGGCCGUGACUACCGGCGGAAAGCCCCCAGCCAAAAGCACCACCGUUGCUCCUCUGUCUAAGGUUAAAAGCAAUGAUGACCUCUUAGCGGCUAUGGCUGGAGGGAAUCCUUCAUCAAGUAGUGCCGUCACUAAGACCAAGAGGACUACGUCUGUUGGCACAAGCGCUAGCAACUUAGACAGCAAGCCAAAGACAACUUCAGGUACUUCAUCCAAACGUGCAUCAUCCACUUCCAAGGAGCCAAGUUCAUUACGAGACCGCCUUCGGUCAUCCACUGCUAAAAAGCAACUUGCAUCAGGGACUGUAGCUGGGGAUGUGGCCUCAGGAAAGCGCUCUCGCCGCCUGAUCCUGGCAGAGUCCGAGGGCCGUAUGAGCAAGUCUAAGUCAGAUGGCCAGAUUAAUGAUAAAGUGGCUCUGGAAGCCAAAGUCAAAGACCUGCUUGGUUUGGCCAAGAGCAAAGAUGUGGAAAUCCUUCACCUUCGCAGCGAGCUGAGGGACAUGAGGGCCCAACUCGGCCUUGGUGGGAAGGAGGUGCCACAGGAGGAAGAAGCUGGGGAGGAAGAGAAGCCCCAGGUUUCAGCCAUCACGGCCGCUGAUGUGGAGUCCACUCUGAUUCUCUUACAAGAGCAGAAUCAAGCCAUCAGAGAGGAGCUCAACCUGCUGAAGAGCGAGAACCGCAUGCUGAAAGACCGGCUGAAUGCUCUGGGAUUCUCCCUGGAGCAGAGGCUGGAUGGCUCUGACAAGCUGUUCAACUACUCCUCCCUGAGUCCAGAACUGGCUGGAGGCAGCGGGCACAGCGAUGGUGGUGGCACAGGUACUAUGACCUCCUCAGUGGAAGGCUCUGCCCCUGGCUCAUUGGAGGAUCUUCUCACAGGACACCAGCAUGGAGGCUCGGCAGACAACCUGGAUAGUGAGUCAAGUGAGGUCUACCAAGCUGUCACUUCCAGUGACGAUGCUCUAGACGCCCCAUCUGGAGCUUCCUCGUCAUCUGAGUCAGAGUGUGCACCUAGCAGGGAGCGUUCACGGAGGGGUAGCAGUGGCAAUGCCAGUGAGGUGUCAGUAGCCUGUCUGACGGAGCGCAUCCAACAGAUGGAGGAGAAUCAGCACAGCACAGCUGAGGAGCUUCAGGCGACACUGCAGGAACUGGCUGACCUGCAGCAGAUCACACAGGAGCUGAAUGGAGAGAACGAGCGGCUCGGAGAGGAGAAAGUCAUCCUCAUGGACUCCUUGUGCCAGCAGAGCGACAAGCUGGAGCUCUACGGCCGCCAGAUUGAAUACCUGCGCUCGCUCCUCGAAGAGCAUCAUAUAUCCUACGUGCUGGAGGAGGACAUCAAGAGUGGGCGCUACAUGGAGCUGGAGCAGCGUUACGCAGAUCUGGCGGAUAAUGCCCGCUUUGAGAGAGAGCAGCUACUGGGGGUGCAACAGCACCUAUCCAACACGUUAAAGAUGGCUGAGCAGGACAAUGCUGAAGCUCAGGAGAUGAUGGGAGUGCUGAAGGAGAGGAACCAACAGAUGGAGCGCCUCCUGGAUUCGGAGAGGCAGGAUCGAGCUGCCAUGGCGGCCGCACUGGAAGAGUACAAAGCAGCCGUGAGCAACGACCAGGCGGAGCUGAGCCGCUGCCGAGCCCAGCUGGAUCAAGAGAGACAGAGAGUGGCCGAGUUGUACUCUCUGCACACUGCGGGGGACAAAAAUGACAUCUGUCAGCUGCUGGAAGGUGUUCGGCUGGGGAAAGAGGAGGCUGAGGCCAAAGCUGCAAAGAUGCAGGAGGAGAUGGAACAGGCCCACGGCGAACUCAGCCGGCUGCAGGAGACUUUCAGGAAGCUGGACAGUGAAUACAGAGACUUCCAGGAGCAGGCGCAGCAGCAAAUGGCUGAGCAGGAUCGUGCACUGGAGAAGCAGCGCAUGGAGCUGCAGGAGAAGGACACAGAGAUCGCUGACAUGAAGGAAACCAUCUUUGAACUGGAGGAUGAGGUGGAGCAGCACCGAGCUCUGAAACUCCACGACAAUCUCAUUAUCACAGAUUUGGAAAACUCUGUGAAGAAGCUGCAGGACCAGAAGCACGACAUGGAGAGAGAGAUUAAGAUUCUUCACCGCAGGCUGAGAGAGGAGUCAAUGGAGUGGCGUCAGUUCCAGGCUGAUCUGCAGACCGCUGUCGUCAUUGCUAAUGACAUCAAGUCGGAAGCACAGGAGGAGAUUGGUGACCUGCGGCGCCGACUUCAGGAAGCACAGGAGAAGAACGAGAAGCUGAGCAAGGAGCUGGACGAAGUCAAGAGUCGCAAGCAGGAUGAGGAGAGAGGCAGAGUGUAUAACUACAUGAAUGCAGUGGAGAGGGACCUAGCUGCUCUCAGACAGGGGAUGGGUCUCAGCAGGCGAUCCUCCACCUCCUCGGAGCCCUCGCCCACCGUCAAAACACUCAUCAAGAGCUUCGAUAGUGCCUCACAAGGUCCAACGUCAAAUGGUGCCUCUGUGGCUCCAACACCUCCAACAGCUCCGGCUGCUCCGUUACCUCGAACCCCCCUCAGCCCCAGUCCCAUGAAGACGCCCCCAGCAGCUGCUGUUUCACCCAUGCAGAGACACUCCAUAACUGGGUCAAUGUCAUCAGCCAAGCCGCUCUCCUCUUUGAGUGAUAAGAGGCCCAGCUACACAGACAUCUCCAUGCCAGCCGAGCACCUUCUCAGGGGAACCUCAGCUAGCCGACCUCCAUCUGCCCUCCAGAGGGUCUCCAACAUUGACUCCUCCAAGGCGAUCUCAGUGACCCGCCGGAGCAGUGAGGAGAUUAAGAGGGACAUGUCAGCCUCGGAGGGGUCUUCGUCAUCUUCCCUGAUGGCGAUGAGUGCUGCCUCCUCCCCACUCUCUCUGUCCUCCUCCUCCCCAACCGCCUCCAUCACUCCCACAGCCCGCAGCCGCUUAAGAGAGGAGAGAAAGGACCCGCUGUCAGCACUGGCCAGAGAGUACGGAGGCUCUAAGAGGAAUGCUUUGCUGAAGUGGUGCCAGAAGAAGACUGAGGGCUAUCAGGUAGCUCUCUUCUGUCAGUGUCCCCAUGAUAAAAAGCAACUGUACAUGCUGACUGAGGUGUUUCAAAAGUUACAGAACAUUGAUAUUACCAACUUCAGCAGCAGCUGGAACGAUGGCCUGGCCUUCUGCGCCGUGCUCCACACCUACCUGCCCGCACACAUCCCGUACCAGGAGCUCACCAGCCAGGAGAAGAGGAGAAACUUCACCUUAGCUUUCCAGGCCGCAGAGAGCGUGGGCAUCAAAUGCACUUUGGACAUUAAUGAGAUGGUGCACACAGAGAGGCCAGACUGGCAAAGUGUCAUGACUUACGUUACAGCCAUCUACAAGUACUUUGAGACCUGACUUCACCGUCUCCCUCGCCCUUCUCUUGCAGCACAAUCAGAGCCACACUGACCGUCAUGAGCUCUCAGCAACAAUCCAACUGCAUGGUCAACUCUUCCUUACUCCCUCCCCAUGCAUCACAGCAGCACUGUCAUGCUGCAAGUGUGUCCACGCUAUUUAACAACACUAAAUGCAGACCAGGACUUUGCUGGACAAGUGCCACAUCCUCACACUGCAGCUAAGGAGACCCUUGUGUGGAGUUGUAGUCCAGGGGCUUGCCUGUUUGUUUACCAUUAUACUAGAAAGCCAUGAGAAGGACAGGAUGCGAAUACCUGUGGUUCAUCUUUUCCUCCAAUUCAUGCCUGAAGUAGCAGCGUGAAAAAGAAGCCAAGUCUCAGUGCCUUCUAUCUGGCUUUGUCUUGCAUACGUUUCUCCGCUCUGCACCCAUUCUCCAGGUUGUAGUUUGUUCAAGGGGAAUUCCAUCAAAUCUGACUUUAAACACUCUGCUUUGCAGCAUAAGGUUUGUCAUAGGCUUUUCUUCUUGAUGGGGAAUAAUUACUGGAUGUUUCCCCCCGUAAAUGUUCAGUUUCUACAUUAUAAGAAACCAAAGGUUAGUCAUGUUGGAAUUUCCCCCUAAAACUUUGUAAAUUCCCUUUGGUCAGACUUGAGACAGAUGCAGGAUUUUACUCCAAGUCUUCCAGAUGUUGCAGUGCGAUAACAGAUGCCUCUCAUACAACGGAUAAAGUGCCUGUGUGAGUUUUGAUGCAGGAGACCAGAAAACAAGCUCUUUUUUUCUUCUUCUCCAGUUUGUAAAGCUGAGGAUUUGAGGAGUUGCCAACCUAGUUUCAGAUUCAUUCAUUCAUUGAUGCUGAUCACGACUGACUGCUUUCAAGGACAGGUGUGCACUUUGUUCUACAACUCUGCUGCACUUUUCUGUUGUUAAGUCGCACUAACACACUAUGAUAGGUUUUCUGUAAUAGAUCCAAGACUUUAGACUAAUAUUCAUUUGAAGAACUAUAUAACGUGUUUGUAUUUUAUAGGCCUGGAGUUGCCGUCGUGCACUUCGUUCAUUGGGCACAUACAGCACACAUUUCAUCAUAAUCAAGCUAUGAGUAACUAGAAAACUAGAACCUUAGAUAAUGGACUCAGCUGUAGAUUUCAUGCCAGGCUCUGGUUUUAGGAAGCAAGACUAGACACUUUCAUGAGCUUUUUUUUUAUUUUUUUAAUUUAUUUUAGGCCAAAGCAGUGCUUCAGUUAAAGCAGCAGGUGGAUGUUUUCAGUGAUGCGUUUUGCUGCUUUCUUGCCAGUAACCAGACAUGAAAACCUCAGUUUGGCUCUGAUCUGUAAAGUGUGAUCAAAAGUUCUGUGAACUGUCUGUGAAAAGCAAACGCCUUACCCUUCAAGGUCACCUCCUUCUGCACCUUUAGACUGCCUUCAGCUGCUAUUUUUAGAGCUUUCCCUGGAAAUUCUGUUCUGACUACUUGGAUGUUUGUGUGUGCGAUGCAAACAGGACCUCCUGUACUGUGUCAAAUCAGUGACCCUUUAAGUUACAUUUCAUCUUGUAAAAGAAAAUGGUAGUGGUUAACACUUGCCUUCCUCGAGUCAAGAGUUCAAAAUCAAGGUGCACAACUAUGUGUCAAAAAAAGCAACAAGCACCCGCACCUCCCUUUAUUGCUUUGUCCCCGAGUGUCCCAGAUGUGAAAAUCUGGAUGUUUCGAUGCAGAUGUUUGCUUUCUGUGUACAAUCGAGGUCUAUGGUGAAUUUAUAUAUUUGCACCUGCAGGUGGCUAGAACUGGACUUCCAAAAGGUAAUCAAAUAAGCACAUGAAUGGUGCACAACGUGUGACCUUUAAGGGGGGAAUCAGACAUAUUAAGAUCAAACUCGUAGCAAGAAACCAAACGCAUAUGUUACACAAGAUUUUAAACUCUUCCUUUAACGUCCAGAAAUGUUGCAAGGCCGUUUAUUUUAAUUAUACACAAAUUAUUAGGUAAUCCAUUUUGCAAUAUGCAAAAUGUUUUGGUGAUUUUGUGCUUUUGCAGUGUUAAUAAAGUUGAUAAUAUGACCAAGCAUUACUAAGGAAAUACUGUGGAGCACGAUGCCAUGUAAUAACUCUAACUUCAGUCUGCACCAUUACUGUCACGCUGUCUGACUGCUGUGUGCCUCAACAUACCAAGUUCACUCUAUUUAUUUGCGUAGUGCAUUAUAGUGAAGUCAGUGCUAACGUUGUCUUACAUGUUUAUCGAUUUAUAACACACACACUUUGAAUAGCUGCACUGAGAUAAGCUUUUUUUUUAAUGUAUUCCACAAUAAUAUCCUGCCUUAAUAGUUCAGCAGAUAUUUCUCAGACUGAAAAUGUGACAUUUUUAAGCUGCAGCCGUAUUUCCAGACCAGUUUCACAGUGCGGACAUGGUUUUGUGGAAAAACCCUCUCUUUCAUGUUGGUGCCUCUCGAGAAACGCUGAUCAUGAGCGAUGGCUGUGAAUCUUUUUGUUUUUGAAGCUGAUGUUGGACUUUCCUCUUCGUGUCUCCGGUUAAGGUGACUGUGGUGCAUAGAGCUGCCAGCUGGUAUCAAUAGCUGCAUUAGAAACGACAUUUUUCUGUGUUGAUUUUGAAGCGAGCCGUUUGCCAAAAGCUCGUUGCUACUGUGUGUAAAACAGCGGUGGACAUCCAGUGAUCUGAAGUGAGCACACGAGCCCGUCACAUCGACUGUUUGUGUACGAGAUGGAGUGAGACUGAGUUAUUUAAUGACUUUUGAAGGCAGAGGCUCUUUGCUGAUGGCGAGACGCUGAGGAUUAGCAGCCUUUUGUUAGUUUUCUUUUAAAAAAACAUUGUGCUCUGCCUGAUUCCACCGCUGGCCCAUGUGUUUUAUUGCUCCCGACAGGAACGAGAGGCGCAAAGGAGAUUGGAAGCCUCGCGAUCCUGAAAGUGGAAUGUGUUUUGAUCACGCUUUAGUGAUCUUGGGACCGUUUCUUUUUUACAACGUCCAGCGUGUGCUGACGUGUGGUGAUUGAUGACCGCCGAGCCCAGCCUGCUGAGGAGAGACCAGACGGCCAGCAAAAGCUAGGGCGCGCAUUCCACCGCCACAUGAUGCAGCCGCGAUGGACGACGUUGUUUGGUCCUUUAGAAAAAGGCCCUUAAAGAGGAUGUGAAGAGAGCUUUAUGUCUUUAGUGUGUCCACUACAUCAUGCUACUUGUAUUUUUCUUUGUUUACUUGAAAAUGCUCUGAGAAUUUCACUGAACAUGCUUUAAUUUGUCUUUUUGUUUCCAUGUUGCCUUUUUUCGUGUUGUUUUAAUAAUAAUACCACAUUUUACAGUCUGAUGCAGAUUGUCGUUGAAGUGGAUUUACUUUUCUGAUCACACUACAUGCAGUGCUGAAACAGUCCCUCAGCUAAGUGAAAGCUGAUUGAAUAAAUGUGUGUAUGUAUGCGUGUGUAUAAAGGGACUAAGCUACAGUAUUAAGUGCACACUAUGAUGAUAAUCAGUUGUAAGAAAUAAAAAAGCGUUCUGGUUUUGCUUUGUUUUUUCUCUCGUAGUUAUAAAGGACCAUUUGAACAGCCA